AUGCCUCUCAGCAUGGUCACCCGCCUUGAGCUCGCCCUGGAUGCCCCCGAGCUUGCCGGUGGCACCUCACUCGACCAUACCGUCUCCGUGAUUCCGGAUAAGAACAGGGGCUUUGCCGACCAGGAGAGGUUGAGGCAGUUCGGUGGCACCGUUAGCUCCGGCGUCCCAUUCGAGCAGCUGAUGCGAAGCGCCGUCGAUCUCAUCGGUCCCAAGAACUAUUCCGUUGACCUGCCGGGCUUGGUCUGGAACGCAAACCAUGACCAGUCCCUCGAGGACAUUAAGACAAUCGAGUACCCCUCAGACCGCUACAUGAAGAGACCUCGGACCAUUAUCCUCGCCGUGGUCGGUGGCAACUCUAACUCUGUACAAGCCCACAUCCUCGCCAAGGCUCGUCACUUCGAUCCAGACGGAACCAGGACCAUUGGCGUCUUGACAAAGCCAGACCUCACCGAGUCCAUUGGCCUUGAAGAUAUGUUCUUUAACCUAGUCAAGGAAAAGGACAAACCGAACGACUUCAAGCUCGGCUGCCAGGAGAAAUGGAACUUGCUCCCACCCUCCAUCUGCGGUGCGAGCGCCCUGAUGCAGAAGCUCAGCGUGCCGUUGCAGCAGCACAUCGGAAAGCACGUUUACGUACUUCGCAAACAGGUCCUAAAGGCCCUCGACGACUGCGAAACCGAGCUCAAUUUCUACAAGGAUCCACCCGGGAAGAACUUCUUCCGUGUGGCCGCCGACCCGAGAGGAACUCCGGCCCAGAACUUGCGCGCCCGGGCCACCGAGGAGAAUGGCCGCUCCGCCAUGAGAAUACGCGCUCAUGGGCGCAAGUUCAACUUCUCCGCAUCCAACCAGCACGCUCCCGGAGAAGCUCCCGGCGACAGCGUCAAGCGAGAUUUCGUCAGGCAGGAGCUCGAGAUGCUGCUGCGCCAGAUGCGUGGUUCCGAGUUUCUCAUGAAUUCGAAGCCAAGGGCCGUCUACAUGCUCUUCCAGAUCUACUCCGAGUACUGGCCCAUGCUAGCCCAGGAGCACAGGAACAACCUCGGUCUCCCAGAACGGUGCGCCUUCUCCAAAGCGGAGGAGGUGCUCGAGAAGAUGAUUAUUUACUAUGACCUGGCGGCCAAGACGUUCUUCAGGAACGUCAUCACUCACGUAAUCAAGGGUUACCUCCUCCAAGGCAUGUACAGCAUCUUCUACUCGGCCAAGGUGCUCGGUCUGAGCACAGAGACCAUCGAGGGCAUUGCAGCCGAGGACAGGGAGACAAGGGACAGGAGGCAGACAUUCAGAGUCCAAAGGAAAGCCAUCGAGGAGGCCGAGGAGAUUUGCGCGAGUCUUGCCUUCCGUUUCUCUGACACUCGGCUCACUCCUCCAGUGUACGCUGAAGACGGCGAGGAUGCGGCAGAGGACAACUCCGACGACGAAUUCCACCCCAACGAAAAGUCCCAUGGUCCGAGAUGUCGCCCAAACUCAAUAACCAGUCGACCUUCCCGGCGAACAAGGCGACCCUCCACCGGAGAUGUCCAGGCAGCUCAGCAUGCCGCUCGAGCCUCCGAAGCAGCCCCUCACCAGAGAUAUACCCACCAGCCAACCCACGUCCCCAGCUCAACAGCCUACACUCCGUCAAGGACAGACAACAGCCUGAACCCACCCAGCCCAGACCACCCGCUCGAGGACUUUUACACGACGUCGUCACGACCCCAACAGCAAGCGGCCCAUCCUCCACCUCCGCUCCUACGACCUGGCAAGGUGCGAGCCGACGACGGCAGCAGCCACCCGUCAGGACAGGGACAAGCGUACUCACCGGCGCCGCCCCGCUCUUUGUCGACGAGAACCGCGCAGGCGUCGGCCGCCGCGCCGCCAGAGCAGUACUAUGCCAAUGCCUAUGCCAGCAACAACCCUUAUGCGCCGCCCGCCGAGGCGGCCGAGUUUGAGGCUAUGAGAAGGCAGGCGCGGAAGAUCGCUGGGAGGCUAGAGGUUGGGGAUGGGGUUUCUCUUGUUCGACGGGGAGGGGUGUCUGGUUCGGACGAGGUAAUUGCCAGAUCCCUUUAUCACCUUAUGAUGUAA